GUUUGUGUUUGUUGCCUGUUUAAAAGUGUGUGUGUACAGAGGAGGAGUCAGCAUGUGCCUGGUAGCUCCUUCCUCUGACCUUGGUUACAGAGAGAUGGAGAGAGAAAGAGGACAGAGUGCGUGUGCAUGAGUGUGUGUGUGUGUGUGUGUGUGUGUGUGAAGCGGUGGAGCUAAUUCCUGCACUGCAGCUGUGUAUAUGACACCAGAGUUAAUGUGGCUCCAACAGCUCUAGAUCCACUUGGGAACUUGCCAGAGAGAAACAGAGCGAGAGAAGAGGAAGGAAAGCAUGUCAGCAGCAUGUGCACGCCACAGAGAAGCAGCACGAUGUCCUGUGUCUGGUGCGUUCUGGAGAUGAGCUGACUCCUGUGUGGGUCUUGUGAGAAGCAGACAUGUGGGACGGACGGUCUGAGACGUGUCAUGCACAUGCCCUGUUCGACGCCUUCGUGCAGGCCGGCACAUGUAAGGAGACCCUCAGGGCCUUCCAGGAGCUGUGUGAAGAGCUGAAGCUGCAUCCCGUCGGUCAGCCGCAGUUCUACCACACCCUGAGGAGCAGACUGCACUACUGGAAGGCCAAAGCACUGUGGGCCAAACUGGACAAAAGAGCCAGCCAGAAAGAGUACAUGAGAGGCCACGCUUGCACCAGCACCACGUGUCUGAUCAUAGGUGCAGGUCCGUGUGGACUGCGGACAGCUAUAGAGCUGGGAUUUCUGGGUGCCAGGGUGGUUCUUGUGGAAAAGCGUGAUGCUUUCUCACGGAAUAAUGUUCUACAUCUCUGGCCCUUCACCAUUCAGGACCUCCGUGGUUUGGGGGCCAAAAAGUUCUAUGGAAAGUUCUGUGCUGGAGCAAUAGACCAUAUCAGUAUUCGUCAGCUGCAGCUGAUGCUUUUGAAGGUGGCCUUGUUAUUGGGUGUUGAAGUUCACGUGAAUGUGGAGUUCAAACAUCUACUGGAACCUCCAGAGAACCAGGAGAAACGUGUUGGCUGGCGAGCAGAGGUCCACCCCAGCUCUCAUCCAGUCAGACAGCUGGAGUUUGAUGUCGUUAUUGGUGCAGACGGCAGAAGAAAUACCUUACCAGGGUUUCGCAGGAAGGAGUUUCGGGGGAAACUGGCUAUUGCUGUGACAGCGAAUUUCAUCAAUCGCAACACCACUGCUGAGGCUAAAGUGGAGGAGAUCAGCGGUGUCGCCUUCAUCUUCAACCAGAGGUUUUUCCAGGACCUCCGGCAAGCUACCGGAAUUGAUCUUGAGAACAUAGUAUAUUACAAAGACGACACUCACUACUUUGUAAUGACCGCCAAAAAACAAAGCCUUCUGGACAAAGGAGUCAUUCUGCAUGAUUAUGCUGACACUGAGAUGCUGCUGUCCAGGAAUAACGUGGACCAGAAUGCACUGCUCUCGUAUGCCCGUGAAGCAGCUGAUUUCUCCACCAAUCAUCAGCUUCCUACACUGGACUUUGCCAUCAACCACUAUGGGCAGCCAGAUGUGGCCAUGUUUGACUUUACCUGCAUGUACGCCUCUGAGAAUGCAGCACUGGUGCGCCAGCGCAGGGGACACCCUCUGCUGGUCGCUCUGGUGGGGGAUAGUUUACUAGAGCCAUUCUGGCCAAUGGGAACAGGAAUUGCUCGGGGCUUCCUGGCAGCCAUGGACACGGCCUGGAUGGUUCGCAGCUGGGGUCAGGGUAACACCCCUUUAGAGGUUCUUGCUGAGAGAGAGAGCAUAUUUCGGUUGCUUCCUCAGACAACACCAGAAAACGUCAGUAAAAACUACAGCCAGUACAGCGUGGAUCCUGCUAGCCGCUAUCCCAACAUCAAUGUGCAACUCAUCAGCGCUGCUCAGGUGCGUCAUCUCAUAGACACAGGUGAGGGUCCGGUUUUGCACCUUGAUGCAGUUAGCUCCCCACACCCAAGACUUACACGGCAAGAGUCAAUGGCUCGUUACAGUAAGCUGCUGACCUGGUGUCAGGAGCAGACGCACGGUUACAUGAAUGUGUGUGUGACGGACUUCACAACUUCCUGGAGGAGCGGCCUGGCCCUGUGUGCUCUCAUUCACAGAUUCAGGCCUGACCUCAUCGAAUUUGCGUCUCUGGAGGAGAGUGAGGCGGUGCUCAAUGGUCAGUUGGGUUUGAACAUGGCGGAGCAGGAAUUUGGUAUUUGUCCUAUAAUGACCGGCAAGGAGAUGAGCGCACUGGAAGAGAGUGACUCUCUCUGCAUGGUCAUGUACCUCAGUCAACUACAUGAGCUCCUCAAAGACACAGCGCCACCUAGUGAAAAUCAGAGUUCAGAAGAGAGAGCUGCUCUGUUCUCCAGCACCAGGUCACCCAUCUCACUGCUCAGCAAACUGGGACAGAGUCUGUCCCGCAAACGCAAUCCCAAGGAUAAGAAAGAGAAGGAAGCAGAUAGUGUUGGAAAGCGGAGGAGGACAAGCCAGGCUGGCCAGUCAGAGGAGGAGGACGUUCCUGAUGAUGCCAAAGAAAAUAUGACUUCAGCAGUAACUUCCGGGUCAGAAGUGAAGGUCACUGAGGGUCACAGCAAGGUUCGGUCCAUAUCAACAAUGCUGCUGGCUAAAUUUGAGGAGAACACACCAUCGGCCUCAGCCACUGCACUGCGCAGACAGAGCUACAUUCAGAUGUAUACAGGCGGAGUGAGCUUAUUGGCUCAGCAGAUAGCCAAUCAGAUUCAGAGUCAACAGGAUCAAGCUCCCAAGCACCUUCACAGGGGGGAGUUGAGUUCUCAAAAGGAGUUUUCUGUGAAUAUGGGCGGCAGUGAUGUGUGUUACUUCUGCGGCCGUCGCGUUUAUGUCAUGGAGAGGCUGAGCGCGGAGGGAAAGUUCUUCCACAGGAGCUGCUUCCAGUGUGACCACUGCAGCUCCACGUUACGCCUUUCCAGCUACGCUUAUGACCAACUACAUGGGAAGUUUUACUGUAAGCAGCACUUCAGCUUCAGAAUGGCCAACGUGGCUCAGAGAAAGAGACCGGCCCCAUCUGUGGCCCCUCGGCCUGCUCAGGCUCCCCCUGCUCCAUCCUCAACUUCUACAUCUUUGUCCUCUCCUGGGUCAGUGGGAACAGCUACUCCGCCAGACCUCUGGUCCUCCAGCACCCACCCAGACUUGGCAUCCAGUCUGGCCAAGAGACUGUGUGGUACGCCAGAGCGCAUUGAGCUGGAGAACUACAAACCCUGCCCACAGCAACAGGACAGCCCACUGCUGGAGGUUCCAGAGGAGACGCUUGCGCAGCACAACCUCAGUGCUAGCCUGCAGGAGAAGAACACAGAGGAGCAGUCCAGUAGCUCUGAGUCAGACCUAGAGGAGGAGGAGAUUGCCUGGAAGAAGGGGGAGGUUUUGCACUCCAAGACCAAUGGAGAGAGAGAGUUAGAUCUUGGGGAGGGGCUAAAGGAGGAAGAGGGAGGAGAGAACCAGGAAAAACAAGAGGAGGAGGAGGAGGCUGAGGAUGAGGAGGAGGAAGAAGGAGAAGUUUCAGAAGAAGAACAGGACGAGGGAGAGUCUAGUGAUGAGGGUGAGUACUGCCCUUGGGAGAAGGAACGGCUCUCGGGGGUGUGGCUUGAGGAAGAGGAGGCGGGGUUUGUUAAAGAGUCCAGUGAAGAGUACAGCGAAGAUAUAGAUGCCAGCUCAGUCAGAGACUCAGAACCAUGUGACCAACAAGAACAGGAAGAGUCCAUUCCAUUCCACCAAUCACCUGCCUCUACAGAGUCCCCACCCUCCUUGAAACAACCAGAAUCAGGCCCCACACCCACACCGGAGCUGCUGACGAACCCCGAGGUCCCACCUGCCAAGAGGUCAGAGGUCGUAGAGGAGUUCUGGCUGAAGAGUGCCGAGAUCAGGAAGAGUUUAGGCCUGGCUCCGCUGCCUAGAGAAUUCCAGCCCAAACAUAUGGCAGCCCAAACAUCUAAUGCUAAAGAAAGCUUUUACACCUCAGUCGCAUACGUUUCGUCCUGCAAUACCACCGUUUUGGAUUCUGCCAACCAAAUGGCAAGAAACUGUGACUCCAGCACACAAACUCCCUCUCAAAGUACAUCCCCACCUGGACAAUCUCACACUAUGGAAGGCGAUGCAGGCGUCACUUUAGAAGAAGCCAUAGGCCGCUGUUCUGUAAUCCACAGACUCAGCAUCACUGUAGAAGGUUGUGUGAUGGUGGACAAGCAAGGUUUAGACCCUAAUACCACUUCAUUUGGUAAUGAAAGUUUUUUGAAUUCAGAUGCAGGUCUUCCGACCCCUCCCUACAGCCCAUCUCACUCUCCUCUUGUCGGCAAUCAGUGUCAGGCCCUUCGCCAUUCCGAACCCAUAUUGGGCCGAGAGGUUAUGGAAUUCACAUCUACCUACACUGCGCAUGUUCCGCAGCAGGACGGUUCUAAACCAGAACUCAAUCAAGCUCAGAGCCUUCCUCCGGAUGAAAUUGAGAUCCUGUGUGGGGAUGUGGCGGAAGAAGCUUCCAGACUGCCAGAAAGAUCUGCCGUUGGGCAGGCCAGCGAUGCGGACAACCGUAGGCUAGAGCACAGGAGGACGCUCCCAGACCGGGUGGUCCCCCCACUGCUGGCAGGGGGACCUGAGGUCAGGCUUCGUAGGUCAGAGAUAAAGCUGUGGGGGGCGGACUCGGGUGUGGAGGAGAAGGAGAAAAAGCGCAACUCGUUGUUUUCGCCCCGUAAAGGCAGGAAGAGCAUGAAUGCAGCAGCUGAGACCCAGCGGGAGCCAGGGAAGAACAAGUCCCUCUGGAAGACCGUUUUUUCAGUGUAUAAGAAGGACAAAAAGAGGAAGGACGCAGCGGUGGUGGCGGAAACCCUACCUGCCGCAGCUAACGUUGAGAGCAAGCGGAAAGUGCCGAGCAUCAACAGAACCGCAGACCUGUGUUUCCGGAAGAAUCCGAGUUUUUCUGAAGACACAGACUUGUCCUGCCAUGCUCUUCUAGAAAGAUGUCCUCUCAGAGUUCAGAAACACAGUGUUAUUCCUGAGCGGCCAACCAAGGCGGCCACCCCAGUGUCGUCAUGUCCGUCAGAGGUGGUAGGUGUUUGGGUGGUGUUCCCGGACCCCUCCAGCAUAAGUUUGUCUACCACGCUGUUUCAGAGAGCAGGAACAGAGGAGGAACUCAAUGCAAAGCUGACACGGCGAGUGCAGAGAGCAGCGCGCAGACAGGCCAAGCAGGAGGAGCUGCGGAGGCUGCACAGGGCACAGAUUAUUCAGCGUCAGUUGGAGCAGGUCGAGGUAAAGCAGAGACAGCUGGAGGAGAAGGGUGUGGCUGUGGAGAAGGCCCUCAGAGGCGAAGCAGUCGAGCCUUUUCUCGGUUCUCCUCGUAGAAGGCCUGUCUAUCUCUGUCCUUGCUGUUCCUCCGAAGCCAAAGCUAAAGGGACAGAGCACGAUCAUUCAGUUUAUGUCUGUACAGUGUUUUUUCUUUAUGUAGUGCAAGAGCCUCCACUUCACCAGCUAAGAAUGGGAAAGAAAGAUGAUCCUAGUUUAAUGCAUCAGUGGUUUAAGCUGGUGCAGGAGAAGAAUGCUCUUGUGCGCUAUGAAUCUGAGCUCAUGAUAUUUGCACGUGAACUGGAGCUGGAGGACAGGCAGAGCCGUCUGCAGCAGGAGCUGAGAGAGCGCAUGGCCGUGGAUGACCAUCUGAAGGGAGAGGACGAGCUGGCGGAGGAGAGGCGUAUUUUGAGCGAGAUGCUGGAUGUGGUGGAGCAGAGGGAUGCGCUGGUGGCCUUGCUGGAGGAGCAGCGAGUCAGGGAAAAAGAGGAGGAUAGUGACCUGGAGGCCGUCAUGCUGUCUAAGGGCUUCAGUUUGCACUGGGACUGACUCGCACAUGCACAAAUCUCAUCAUACCGCUUGAAGGGCUACUCUGUCCCUGUUUGUGCUACAAAAAUAUGCAGCUGCUCUGUUUUCAUUGGUCCAAACAGGCCUGUUCACCUGCAUUCUGGGCCGAAUGUGCAACUACAUAGGUGUCUAAAUAAUGAAUACCAGCAAGAUAUUGGCCCGUAAGUGAUUCUCCGUUAUCUGAGGUGCAAAAUAAAGCCCCUGUUUAGGUUGAGUGGCAAUGUCUUGCUGCCAAAUAAUGCCCCUGCUAUGCUACUAUGCAAAGGAACAUCUUUUUGUUGUCUUAUUUCAAACAGCUGGAUAAAGUGAAGGUACAGCUGUAAUUUUACCCAGAUCCAUCAUGUUUUGACUUGACAGAAAUGAAUAUGAAAUGGCAUAUUUAACCACAUUGUCACUGUGCAGUACAGACUGACGCAUGCAAACUUAGAUACACAAGAUAAGGCCUGUCUUAAUGUAUGAUUUGGAUGUUUUUCUUUUCUUUUCUUUUUUAUCUAAUUUACAACUGUUCCUGUUGUUUAACCUGGAUAAGCUAAACUCACACACAUUUUCAAUUCUCAGUAUAAAGACUAUACUAUAUGUACAUUAAUUUAUUGGCUGAAUUUUUUUUUUUAGUUAUGUUGAUUUUUUUUUUUUUUUUUCAGAAUAACAGCAUUUUACAUUUUGUUGUUAUAUUUAAUUCUGUAACACUUCCGUGCAUUAAACAACUUUUCAUUUGAGAAAAAUGUGUGGACUAUUACAUUUUCAUUUUGAGUUUGACAACAGUUUUGUUUUUUGGCAUGAAAACCAUGAAUAUGGAACACUUUGGUGUCCUGUAACUUUUUUAUUGCAUUAGUAUUAUUACUCAUACUGAUAAAUAUUUUUUUUAAAAGUCAUAUUUUUUUGUAAUUACCAAAAUUAUUUCUUAUUAAUUUAUUAU